AUGCACCUCUAUCUGGGUAAAGCCAAGGGUACGAAGGGCAAAGAAGUCACCGACUAUCGUUCCUUCAUACGUUCCAUUAUUCGACAUUCGGAUCUCAUCACCAAAGAGGCAUCAUUCGAAUAUCUACAAAACGAAGGCGAACGCGUGUUACUCGAAUCAAUGGACGAAUUGGAAGUGGCCUUCUCGCAUCCGCAUUCCAAGCGCACAGAUUGUAAUCAUAUUUUGCUAAAGUUCGUGCCAACUGUUAUAAUGGAUCCAGCUAAGAUUGAGGAAUCUGUCACCAGAAUGAUAAUGCGCUACGGUCAACGUCUGUGGAAAUUACGUGUGCUGCAAGCUGAGUUGAAAAUGCUGAUCCGACAGUCACCGCAAGCCCCAACACAGGCCAUAUGCUUAUGCAUUGCCAAUGACUUCUUAGAUAUUGCUAUGUACACGGAAGUCACGGAUCCAGAGGCGGGAAUUAUAAAGUUUAAGGCGUAUGGCGAAAAACUGGGCUCACUGCAUGGUCAUCCAAUUUCCACGCCCUACAUGACCAAAGAUUUUCUGCAACAGAAACGUUUUCAGGCACAAAAAAACGGCACAACAUAUGUAUACGAUAUACCCGACAUGUUCCCGACAUGA